ACGAUCAAAGGCGAUGCUUGCUUUCCUCCCCGCAGGCAUUAUCUAUGACGUGAUUGUGGAGCCUCCCAGCGUGGGGUCGAUGACAGACGAACACGGGCACCAGAGGCCGGUGGCCUUCUUGGCGUACAGAGUAAAUGGGCAAUAUAUUAUGGAAGGGCUUGCAUCCAGCUUCCUCUUCACAAUGGGCGGCCUAGGAUUCAUAAUUCUGGAUCGCUCCAAUGCACCAAAUAUCCCCAAGCUGAAUAGAUUUCUUUUGCUCUUUAUUGGAUUUGUCAGUGUGCUUUUGAGCUUCUUCAUGGCCAGAGUUUUCAUGAGGAUGAAAUUACCGGGCUACUUGAUGGGUUAGUACCUCUUGUGAUGUAUGAAAGUCUGAGCUGAAUUUACUCCUCUUCAUGAAGUGUUUAAGAAGCAGCAGCAAGAAACAAAUUUCCAUAGUCA